AUGCUAAAAUGGCUGCUAGAAGGUGAAUGUGCAAGAGUGAGAGAGAUUGUUGAGAACUCAGGUUUGUAUGUUGCGGUUGAGAACUCAGUAAGUGCGUAUGACAAGUCCGCAGUAUCAUGUUUCUGCGAUAGGUAUUACGGUGAAGUCGAUACAUUACAAUUCCCUUUUGGCGAGAUGUCAUUGAUUCCCGAAGAUGCAGAAAAGAUUUUAGGGUUGCAGGUUGAAGGAAAAUCCACGGGUGAAAAGUUCAAGAAGAAAUUAACUUGGAAAGAAAUUUAUGCACUGAAAAAGAAGGUGUGCGGAUGGGAUGAAGAGACGAUGAUUGGUCAUUUCGUCGUUGGAAAGAAGUUCCCAAAGAAAGAGUUUAAACUUAAAACCAUCAGAAGGAUAUUCGCUGGGUCAGUUGAGAAAGAUGGAGAUAAUGAAAAACUCUCUGAUUCUCAAGUUCGUGCGACGGCAGUCGCAUAUUUUUUGUAUGUCCUUGCUUCAGUUAUAUUUACUGAUAGAAAAGGAAACAUAGUUAGCGUCAACCUUCUUCAACUUUUGGAUCCCUUGGAAGAGGUCAGUAGGUAUUCGUGGGGGACUGCCAUAGUUGCACAUUUGAAUGCACGGCUAGAAAAGGCAUCCCGAGAACGAACUUCUCAAGUGAACGGGAAUUUGGCUCUACUUCAGGUGUGGAUUUACGAUCAUUUCCCUUCAUUGAUCAAAGGCGAUGAAGACGUCCAAUUGGAUCCCACAUGGAACAAUACUAAACCAAAAUGA